ACCGUACUGGUGAGGUUCGUUCUCAGUCCCAGCUGAACCACCGUUAAGGAAUUACCGUUUGCGCAGUGUCGAUAGUUAAUCCACGUGAAAGUGAACCAAGUGAAAGAGAAAGAGAGUGAGAGUGAGGAAGAAAGAGAACAAAAUUUAAUUUUUAGUAUUAAAUUUUGCGGUGAUAUUGUAUUCAGUUAAACAAGUUAAAAGUGCACAAAUAAGGAAGAAACUCUACACAAAAGUAAAAACAAACAACCUUCACAUCAACCUUCGUGCAGGAAGCAGCAGCAAUGGCGAAGAAAGGGAAGGCUAAAAAUGGGGCGGCCACUGGUGAAGGAGAACAAGUGUCAGCUCCAGUGGCAGCGACCACCAAUGUCCCAGCAGCUGAUCCAGCGAGACCAGCCGUCGCACCGGUCAAGGAAGUGAAGCUUGAAGUUAAGCCCGUUCCGGAGAAAAAGACCAACCCACCGAACAAAGCUAAUAAUGGUACCGUAGCGAACGGUUCCGAAGGUGAAACUGGUGAGAUGAGACGCAAGCGAAGCCGUCGUGGCCGCAAGAAGAAGUCGGAUGACGCAUCGGAUGAGCAGUCCAAGGAUAAAGCACCCUCAACGCUGACGGCCAGGAAAAAUCUGCGCAAAAAGCGUAGCAAGCUGAUGCGAACACUGGAGCAGCUCGAGGCCAAUCCAGCGCAGGCUACACCGGAAGGUAAACCGAUACAGACCCCUGAAGAUAUCCGCAAGAAGAUUCAAAUCAUUGAAAGUUUGCUGCAGCAUCUGCAGGCACAGACUCAGGAGGAAAAGAAAAAGAUGGAAACUCUCAAGAGCGUCAAGGCGGAACCACAGGAACCGCCCAAGAAAGAGCAACAGGCUCCGAAAGUGUCGGAAGCGGCUCCAAAGAAUUUAACCUCCGAAAAGGCACGUAAGGAGGGUGAGGUGAAAAAGCUUGCCAAUGAAAAGGCCGAAAUCCAAAACGAGGCGAAGCGGUUGGUGCAAGAUAAAGCUCGCAAAGAGCAGGAGAUGAAGAAGCUGAUCGAAGAAAAGGCCAAGAAGGACGCCGAAGCUAAGCAGCUGCUGGAGGAGAAAGCGGCGCGUGAGGCGGAACUGGCAAAGUUGACCCAGGCUAAGGCACGCGUAGAAACGGUUGAGCAGAAGAUCAAUGAAAUCGAUCAGAAGGUUCAGCAGCGCAAGGAAGCGGAUGAGGGAAAGGUUGCGCCUGGUAGUCCGAAGCAGAAGAAGGACCAGGCACGCACGCGCAAGGAUUCGGAAUCGAGCAAGAAAAAGGAAGCAGAGGAUAAGGCCAAGAAAGAGGCGGAAGAAAAGGGCAAGAAGGAAGCGGCUGAAAAGGCUAAGAAGGAAACAGAUGAAAAGGCCAAGAAGGAGGCGGAAGAAAAGGUCAAGAAGGAAGCGGCUGAGAAGGCAAAGAAAGACGCCGAAGAAAAGGCGAAGAAGGAAGCGGCUGAAAAGGCGAAAAAGGAGGCGGCUGAAAAGGCCAAGAAGGAAGCUGAGGAAAAGGCCAAGAAGGAAGCGGCUGAAAAGGCCAAGAAGGAAGCUGAGGAAAAGGCCAAGAAGGAAGCAGCCGAGAAGGCAAAGAAGGAAGCUGAGGAAAAGGCCAAGAAAGAAGCCGAGGAAAAGGCCAAGAAGGAAGCGGCUGAAAAGGCAAAGAAGGAAGCCGAGGAAAAGGCCAAGAAGGAAGCGGCUGAAAAGGCGAAAAAGGAAGCCGAAGAAAAGGCCAAGAAGGAAGCGGCCGAGAAGGCAAAGAAGGAAGCCGAGGAAAAGGCCAAGAAGGAAGCGGCCGAGAAGGCUAAGAGGGAAGCCGAGGAAAAGGCCAAGAAGGAAGCGGCCGAGAAGGCGAAGAAGGAGGCAGAAGAAAAGGCGAAGAAGGAAGCGACCGAGAAGGCGAAGAAGGAGGCAGAAGAAAAGGCGAAGAAGGAAGCGGCUGAAAAGGCGAAGAAGGAGGCUGAGGAAAAGGCCAAGAAGGAAGCCGAGGAAAAGGCCAAGAAGGACGCGGCUGAAAAGGCAAAGAAGGAAGCGGAAGAGAAAGCAAAGAAGGAAUCGGAUGAAAAGGCAAAACAGGAAGCGGCAGCAAAAGCGAAAAAGCUAGCGGAAGAGGACGCCAAACGGAAAACGAACGGUGAAGCAGCCAAACAGUCAAACGGAUCAGCUCCAACAACGCCAACGCAGGAAAAACCGGCCACCUCGAAACAGGAUGCUAAGAACAGCAAGAAAAAUAACAAACGGACACCGAAAAACAGUGUAUCGGAGGAUGAGAAAAACACAACCAAGGCAACCGGUUCAAAAAACGGACAAAGCGGCGAUUUUGCCUCCUCUGCUGAACCCGUCACGGUAGCAAAAUCGCAGGAAAGUCAAUCAGCACCAGUACCCAUCCCGAAGACUCCCGAAGCUGCUCCUGCCUCACCGAAAUCCUCCCCGAAACCUGGCAAUGGGAAACCGGCCACUCCAGUGAACGGUAAGCAACAGACACCGCCAGCCAAAACACCGGAAAAGUCUCCACCGCAACCCAAGACUGCAUCGCGUACCUCGCCCCCGAAGACUACUGCCAAGGCUCCGUCUCCACCGAAAACGGCACCUGCAGCUGCACGAGCCCCUCCGAAACCUAGCACACCACCUGCCUCAAAGAAACCUGAACCUCCGCCAAAGCCUGAAUUCCUCAAGAGGAAGUCGCCCUCAGUCGAGAAGGAAAAGAUUGUAGCCGCCAAGGUCGCAGCACCAACAGCCACUGCACCCCAACAGGUACCUCAACAGGCCCCUGCAGCUGCUCCCGCCCCUAGCUCAGUACCCGCACCAUCCACACCUGCUCCUGUUCCUACUCCUGCCACAGUACCAACACCUGCUUCACCUGCACCUGCCGCUGAACCAACGGGUCCUGCAGCAGAAGAAGGUGCUGCAGCAUCCGCACGCCUAACCGAGGAGGCCCUCAAUGGAGCGAAGAAACCUGCCACUGCUGGUGCCGGUGCGGCUAGCAAACCGAAACCGGUACAGAAGAAACCGGAAGUGCCGCCCAAACCGGACGUCCACAGCAAGAGUGCCGCCAAAAUGAAGACACCCAUCAAGCAGCCGGGUGGCAAGACCUCCACGUCUGAUUCCAGGUCGCCGGCAGCGGAGCUAAGUAGAACGGAAGCAUUUAAGAAAAACAUGGACAUUAUAUCGACCAUUGCGGACGUGCUGUUGUCCCAUUCGCGCUCGAAGAAGAUCCGUGCACUCGACCCAUCAUCAUCGGACGCUAGUAGCAAACCCACUACUAACAGCUCCAUCAAUCCUUCUUCCUCAUCUAGCACUAGUCGCGAACCAUCAUCCCCCUCAUCAGCGUCACUCUUAUCAUCCCUAUUUCCAUCGCUAUCGCAAUCAUCUAGCCCCUCAGCUAGCACCUCCCACCAAGCUUCUUCCUCGUCGGCAGACGCACCGCACAAACCGAAGUCUAAGCUAGAUCUGGAACGCAUCCUGCGCAUACUGCAAGCAUCACAACCCCCGCCUCGUUCGAGCGGCACCGAGCCCGGCCAGGGAACGUCAUCGUCAUCACCGGGACCGGAACCUUCCACCUCAUCCUCGGUACCAUUCCCAGAGAUCCCAUCGGGCACGGAUACUGAUGAGCAUCCGCUGGGGUCUUUUCUGACCAAAGAUGCCAUUCGUAUGUUGAUGCCUACCUUGCAGGAAGUGAACGUAAAGUUUAAUGUCGAAAAGCAACUGCAAGCCCUCAAUGCUACGGCUGCAAUGGCUAAGAUACUACCGAAAACAUUGCCACCAGGAACGGACACGACCGAGGAGGAUGAGCUGGAAGAAGAUCUGCUUGAUGAGGAAACGGAAGAUACGAUCGAGUACAAGUUUACACCGCGCCCGGUAUUCAUAGCAACAAUCUGUCAGGUGUGCAAGAAUCCGUUGAAGAGUUUCUUCCACUGCGAACGCUGUGUGAUGGUUUCAUACUGUGGAGAUGAACAUCGGCGCAUGGACCAACCGGCUCAUCGUGAUCUUUGCACGGUACUGUGCGAAAUCGCAGCCAGCAGAGGAGGGCAUAUUUACCAGCUGGCACGGAAGCUUAACGUUCAGGAGUAUCGUAAUCUGCGCGUCCACACGCUCAACCAGAUCGAGCUGUCGUUGAAACGGCCUAUGCAAGCGUUCGAGCGCGAGAUUGUACUGUUUCCACGCAUCUGCUUCACACCAGAUUGUCGCGAAUGGAGACAGGAACUGCUGACGGAGUGUACUGAUUGCCGACAGGUUUCGUACUGUAUCGCAGAUCCAACGCACCUGCAAGCUUCCCAUCGCCGCUGGUGUAAGGCGUACCUGCUCUUUCAGAAGCUAAUCCUACGACAGCGUAUCCUCGGGCGGAUCGAACCAGUUCUUCCUACGCGUAUCCUCACGAAAUCGACUCCAUUGCCGGCUAACAUUGACGAAGCGUUCAAACAGUUGUACAAAAACUCAACUGUACCUCGGGAUGAAUGUGUGUACGCCGUACUGUCACAGAUAGCGACCGCUCCACUGUCCGCACUGUAUGCGUACCAGCAGACGGGCCUACCGUUCGGUAACACAUUCACCAUCCAUCUCGUUGGUGCCGAGUUACAGUUUGAGGGCGACACACUGGACAAGUGGGAAGCGUUCUUCCUUCACCUCGUACCGGAGGUCGCCGUACUACGAGUGGUUUUCGUCGGUCCGGAAUUGAACGUCGAGAAUCUGCCGAUCGACGUCAUCAGUCGCAUUAGAAUGUGCCGCACCUGUCGCCUGAAAUGUCGUGUGGUGGCGUUUGAUUUCCAAUGCCGCACGAUGUACCAUGACUAUCGGCAGAGCUCCCGGUACCAACGACCAAACCUUAUCUGUUUCUUCAAUCCGGGACUUCAUCGUACUACGGGCUUUGCUGGUUUGGAUAGCUGGCCGGUAACGAUUCGUGCCGCCACCGAGGCAAACUGUCCAAUGUUGGUGACGGCUUAUACUGAGCUUGAGUCGCCGCUCGAUUUAGAACGACUGCAGCGAGAAUCAACGCGCACCCUUCAGGUGAUACAAUCACCUUCGGUAAAUCCAUUCGCUUCGAAGCGUCCCGAUCGUAACUUCAUAUCGGACGACACUGCACCAAUGAUCUUCAAGAACUACUAUUACUUCGUGGUGAAAUAGCUGAGGAAUGUGGAGCAUCCUUCAGUCAAACUAUGUUAAGUUCUUUUCUACCGCGUCCUACACGUUCGAUAUAAUGUUCAUGCUUGUCUUUCGUUUUCGCUUUUGAAUGCUUUUAAUUUCUUCCACUCAUACUUCGACAUUGGGACAUUUCCAGUGUCACACAAUCGUCGAAGAACUUCCUUACGCGUACUUUGCAAAACUGUCACAUCAAACAACCCCACACUGUUCGAUUACAGGGCAGAGUGGUGGCAUCAUUUCAAUACGAUGUGCAAUAAAUAAUGUGUAUCAGUGAGUUAAUUUAAUAA